AUGGGGAUCAUCGAGAAGCUGGAGGUGUCCGACACCAGGGGCCUCCCUUACUCCGAGCAGUUCCUGCAGAAUGACGACCUUCUCCCUGUGCCCAAGGAGAAGCGGCAGUGGGGAACGUGGAACUUCAUUGCAUUCUGGAUCGCAGACAGCUUCAACAUCAACACAUGGACGAUUGCUUCGUCUAUGAUCCAGCUAGGGCUCUCCUGGUGGCAGGCGUGGAUUUGCGUCUGGAUUGGAUAUGGCGUUGUAGCCCCGUUCAUUGUCGCGAAUGCGCGCCCUGGCGCCAUGUUCCAUGUCACUUUUCCCGUUGUCGCUCGCACGAGCUUCGGCGUCUGGGGCAGUCUCUGGUGCGUGUUCAACCGAGGCGCGAUGGCCUGCAUCUGGUACGGCGUACAAGCCAGCCUCGGGGGUUCCUGCGUGUUUGUCAUGCUCAGGGCGAUGUGGCCGUCGGUGAACAACAUCCCAAACCACCUACCCGAAUCAGCGGGCAUCACUACUAAGGACUUCAUGAGCUUCUUCCUAUUCUGGCUCAUUUCUCUCCCCGCAAUCUGGUUCCCCAUUCACAAGAUCCGUCAUCUCUUCACGCUCAAGGCAGUCGUUGCCCCAAUCGCCGGCAUCACCUUCUUCAUCUGGUGCAUCGUCAAGGCACACGGCGUCGGCCCGAUAAUCUCCCAGCCCAGCACCCUGCACGGCUCCGCGCUUGGCUGGGGCAUGGUCUCGAGCCUGAUGUCGUGCAUCAGCAACAUGGCGACGCUCGUCACGAACGCCCCCGACUUUGCCUCGCGCGCGCGCCACCCGUCCGCGGCGGGGCUUCCGCAGCUCCUCUCCGUCCCGCUUGGGUUCUCGAUCGUCAGCUUCCUCGGCAUCAUCGUCUCUUCCUCGUCGCAAGUCAUCUAUGGAGAGGCUAUCUGGUCACCCAUCGACUUGCUGAACAUGUUCCUCGACGGAUCCCCGAGCAGCGCGACGCGCUUCGGGGUGUGGUUUAUCUCGGCGUCGUUCAUCAUCGCUCAGCUAGGGACCAACAUCUCCGCGAAUUCGAUCAGCGCCGGCUGUGAUCUGACUGCACUCUUCCCGCGCUUCAUUAACAUUCGCCGGGGAGGUUACGUCGCGGCGAUCGUCGGCCUGGUAAUGCUCCCUUGGAACUUGCUCAAGAGCAGCAACAGUUUUGCGUCGUACCUCUCCGCAUACUCGGUCUUCCUGAGCUCCAUUGCGGGAGUCAUGAUCACGGACUACUACGUCAUCCAUAAAGGUCACUACAAGGUGAAGGACCUCUACCGCGCCGAGCGGGACGGAUGGUACUACUACACUUAUGGCUUCAAUCUUCGUGCAUACGCCGCGUACAUCGCCGGCAUCCUCAUCAACGUCGUCGGCUUCGCUGGCGCCACCGGCCGCACCGUCCCGCUCGCGGCGACGCAGAUCUACGAAAUGUCGUUCUUCACCGGCUUCGGCGUCUCCGCCCUCGUCUACUGGUCCCUGAACGUCUUCUUCCCCGCGCGCGGCGUGCGCGAGGCGUGUAUGCGCUUCGAGGAGGUCGACGUCUCAGAGUGCGACUCCAGCGCUGGGGGGAAGCCGUCUAUCGACGGCGACGCGAGCUCAGACGGGAAGAGCGCGAACGCGAGCGUCUACGCGGCGUAG